GUUUUGAAAAAAAAUCCGUCCGCUCACCCUCGUCUGCUCUCUACCUGCACUGUACCCGCGGUCGCCUGGAUCCCCCGCAAGCAGAGGAGCUCCCAGCCAGCCAACUUGCAGAUCCGCUCAUCCGUUCUGAUGCUCACCAAGGGCAACAAGAUCCUCCACCCAGGACAAAUCUAAUUACCAAGAUCAAAAACAACCCUCUUCACCCAUCGAUUCGGUGUUACCAGAGGGCAUCUCAUGAAGAAGAACAAAUCCUGGCCUUUCGACCUACCCACAGGUGUAUGAAUUUACUAAUGCUACACCAAGUGCCAUUUGAGCAGGCAUACAUAUCUUUUUAUCUUUCUAACUUCCUAACACACUUAUUGCUACCACGGCCGAUCAAUUAAGAGAGUGGAUGUUAACAAAGAGAUGCAUGAUUGAUGGUAUUUCUUCCUCACAAGGUUUUAUAAGCGCAGUAGAACACAAGACCAGAGAGGUUCUGGAGCUGUGUUCCCACUACAUAAUAGCACGGUGGGAUGGAUUGCCUAUGGAUGAGCACCACGUCACGCCACUCAUUUCUAAACAUAUUCAUCUGCCAUAUCAACCAUCUGUAUGCUCCAUAUGAAAACAAAUCCUGGUUGGUGCUAGAUUUAAUGAAUGAGGCAACCACAGCUUAUGCAUGUGCGGUUCUGUCCAGUGGAGUGACCAUGGCACUAGAUGGGACUGAAGUUCUAUGUUACCCUGUGAAAAAUGUUGGUGUGCCAAUGGAAGCAAUACUAUACGAUUUUCAGAUUGAGGAAAUGAUGGAGACGGCAACUGAACAUCUAAAGGUAAAGAUCUAUGGUUUGCCGUUACAUCUUUGGACUAGAAGAGCAAUUGAGUGUGCCCUGCAGCCACAUUGCAUUGUUGAGAAUGUUAGUCAAGCCAAUCUCAACUUUCACAAGCUUCGAUCGGUAAAUUGCACGGCAUGGGCUGUUAGAAUUGUUGUGCCAUUCCCAUGGUACAUACUCGUUCAUGUCUCUAGCAAGUAUGACAAAGGAAGAAACCAAAGUAGUGGCCACAAGAACAGAGAGACAUUUUGUAUUGGUGUUGACAGAAUUAAUAUUGGAGCUCAUCAUAACAAGUCUCUUCAAAGAACACACAGGAGGAUUCCUUCUUUCUUGCAGGCACUAAAGAAAGGAAUGGUUUCCCAUUCAUAUUUAAAUGAUGUUGACAUACCAGCUGACCAAAUGCGGAUAUUGGAAUCAUCAUUCCUCCUGACGUCUUGCGACGAGGGAAAAAUUAUCACAGAGGAUAAGUUAACACGUUGUUUGCAGCAAAUGCAGAUUGAAUGUCCUGGAAAAGUCAUAGUCAAGCAAGUUGGUAGGUUCAAAUACCUUAUAUAUUUCCAAGGGUUAGUAACUACAACUUUGUUUCACAUGUUGUGUACUGAUGCUGCUGGAAUCCAGCUACCUUGUGGUGCAUUCUUAGUUCAGAAAUGGUCCACGUCUGCUGGAGCAGUAUCUUCUAGCCUCUCUCAAAAAGAACAAAUAAGAAUUACAGGGCUGACAACUGAGUUUUACAGACCGGCUAUAAUUGCAGACAUCAUGAGCCCUCACUACAUGUUAGAAAACAGCAGCCAUCAAGUUGAUGAUUCUCCUGAUGUUUGGUUCUAUGAUUGUGCCAUGUGGACAAAUGAAAACAAAGAUAUUCUAGAGGUCAUAUCUAUUUGGGCUGCUCCAAAUGGAUUAACAGUGGAGCAGUCACCUGUUCAAGAUCUUCAGGUUCCUCUGCAGUUGUACCAUGAAAGAAUUAUUAUCAACUAAUAACACCAUGCUUCAGGAGCUGAGAUCACAGUGCUGACAUAUCUACCUGAACUGGGCAACCUUCAUUAUUUAGGUGUUUCUGUAAAUAAGUAUAAGUCAGACUACUAUGUCUACGCUUUUGCGCCAUGCAAUCUGUCGCUUGCUGCCAA